GUCGCCAAUGCAUCCGCUCUGCACAUACAGAGUCGAGUGAAAAGAGAACCUCACGCAUAUGUCAAACUGCGUGUGAAUAAUGAGCGCAAAUAUAAGACAGCCGUCGUGGUAUCCAAUUCUCCUAUAUGGAAUACAGACUUUGAGAUCAACGGCGUGCAAGAAUCUACGGCUCUAUCUUUUGAGCUCUAUGACAAUGGCUUCCUACCCAAAGCAACUCGUCAGAGCCUGGGAUUGGCUGAAACCACUGUGGGCCACUUACUGAUGUCACACGCUGCACCUGGAGGCGCUAAGCUGAAGAUGGGUGGAAAGUAUCUCAGACCAACCAUCAUGAUAUCUAUCAAAGAAGUAGACUUUGUUGAAGCAAUCGGCUUGGACCUCGCGCAGAAACGGCAUGAUGCUGAAGAAGCCGUCCUCUCGCCCAAGUCUGUAUCCGAACAGACCGUUUCCCAGAAGCUCAAGAUCCUCGCCGACGCACUGGGGAAGAUAUGUCCGAUCAUGGACGCAGUCGCUGAUAUUCAUCCAUAUGUGCGCACAGCGGUGAAGAUAGUUACUUCGCUCUGUGCGGUUAUACAAUCACAAUUCGAUCGUGAUGAGGCAGUUCUAUCGCUAGUGGAAGAAAUGACCACAUUGUUCACAUUCGUGACUCCUCUCCAAUCCUUGAAGGCAGAAUUUUCCAUCCUUGCACCCCUCGCUGAGGUUAUCAAAACGAUAGUGCUGCAGACAGUGGAGUGCCUUAUCUUCCUCGACGGUUACAACCAAAGCCGGUUCAUGGAGGUUCUCGAUUCGCUCAUCGGGGGAACGGGUCACUGCUCACUCGACGAUCUGUACGACAAAGCGCUGCAUUCCUCCCUCGAUCGCCAUUGGCUUAAGCCAGACUUUGCGCAAGCAUUCAACGACGUGCUAGGGCUUGUUCUAGCAGCCAAGCUGCCUAUUUCUGCGAUAGCGAUUGACCAGUUUCUUGGUGGGCGACGGAGAGCACGAGGCGUUCUCUCCCCUAUGCGCCAUCUCCUGCAGUAUUCACAUGUGGACGAGGACGAACCUGUCCAGUUACUUCACACUUCCUUCCGCGAUUUCAUAUCCAACACGUCAAGGAGUGACAUGCCUUGGUUUGUUGAUGUCGAGCGCCACAAUUACCGUUUUGCUCUUCGAUGCAUGGGCAUCCUUCACCCUCACCCCUGCCUGCCUGCACAGCAUCGAGGCGAGCCGUCGCUAGGACUCACUAUGCUGAAGGUUGAAGCAAAAGAAUACGCAUGUACGCAGUGGAUUCUACACGUGUGCGACAUGGUCACCUGUCCCGCGGGCUUCGAACGGACGUUACAACAGUGGUUGGAAACUUAUAUGAUAGCUUGGUUAGAGGACAUGAGUGAGCUUGGAAAGUCUGGGAAUAUCUUGGACUUGCUAGAACAGCUCCUAAGAUGGGUCAAGGCUGUACUUCCGAUGAAUGCCAGUCUGCACGACCUUGUCUACGACGGUGGUCGCUUCAGUGCCUUCUACUCGAGCUCCAUUUCGGAAGGUUCAGUGUCAAUCUGGGCGGCACUUUCUUUUGCACCAAAAAGAAACAGACUCUUCACACUAUUUCAUCGUCCCGAAUUGCCCACUGUCGUUGGUGGAUAUCUGCAACAAUGGUCGCCAGCGCUGCGUCUUUUUCAGAAGGACGUCACAGUGCAUUCCCUGGCAUUCUCUCCGGACGGGACGAAAAUCGUCUCCAGCGGUGUGGUGAAAGGUACAAGAGAUGUGGGUUACGCCCUGAUUCCUGACGAGAAGUUUGUCUUGCGCAUCUGGGAUGUCAAAACAGGCACUGAAGCCAUCCCUGCUCCAUUACUCGAUGGUCCCAGCAUCGUUGCGUUUGCGCCAGAUACUACUGAAGUGUGGGCAGCUUCGGCGAAUGGGACCAUUUACAAAGUGGAUGCAACGACAGGCAACCUCAAUCUUGAGCAUCAGAUUAGCAAUCGGACAAAACCCUUUCCUCAGUCCGACGACACAGCUGGACAUCUCAUCGAUGUCGGCAUCGCCCCCUCCGGCUCUGACUUGGACGACCAAGGGGCGGAAGCAAAUCCUAGAUCCGACGCGGCUGACUUCAAUUUGUUUGCUCAUGGCAUGUUAGUACCUCCAGCGUCUAAUCUGCCGACCAUCGACUCGACAACUUUUGGCCGUGAAAAUUUCGCUACGGCUGCAUUCUCUCCUAAUGGUUUGUGGGUCGUGCUGGACGAGCAGACGUAUGGCCGUUUCUGGAUCCUGAGUCUCGAAGCUCUCAAAUCGCCAUAUGCACCCUUGACACCUCCGACGAGUCAGAGUUGGCCAAUCCGACGAGAAACUUACGGACAUACACCACAUUCUCUCGACUUCUCUCCGGACUCUUCCAUAUUCUCUUGA